AUGGCUCCCUCCGAUAUUCCGGAGGUAGACCCCAGUUUGCGUCGCAAGCGCCCUGCCCGCUUGGAGGAGGCCAUCACCAACCCGGGCUCCGUCAAGAUCAACGUCACGGGCGCCUUCAUCGUCGACGACGAGGUCCGUUCCAAGAGCCCCGAGGCCGAAGGUGUACACUAUGAAAACAAGGAUAUUCGACUUCCUCACCACACUGGCCUUGUGAGCCAUGUUGCCGUCGAUAUUGGCGGAUCACUAGCGAAGCUGGUUUAUUUUACCCGCGAAUUGGACUCGGCCGACAAUGGUGGGCGGCUCAAUUUUAUCAACUUCGAGACUCACAGGAUAGACAUAUGCAUCAACUUCAUUCGGCAGCUGAAGGAGGAACACGAGAAGCGCAAUGGGUCUACAAGGGAUGGAUUAUGUGUGGUGGCUACCGGUGGGGGAGCAUACAAGUUUUACGACAAGCUGAAGGAGGCAUUGGACGUGAACAUUCUCCGCGAGGAGGAGAUGGAAUGUUUGAUCAUUGGUCUCGAUUUCUUCAUUACCGAAAUUCCGAACGAGGUUUUCACUUACAGCGAUGCCGAUACCGAGCCGAUGCAGUAUGCCGAGGCCCGACCGGAUGUAUACCCCUACCUCCUGGUGAACAUAGGGUCUGGCGUGUCAAUGAUCAAGGUGUCCGGCCCGAAACAAUAUGAGCGUGUUGGAGGUACUCACUUGGGUGGUGGCACUUUCUGGGGUCUCAUGUCAUUGCUGACCGGCUCGCGGACCUUUGACGACAUGUUGGCAAUGGCCGACGUCGGGGACAACAGUGGGGUAGAUAUGCUUGUGGGAGAUAUCUAUGGCAUGGACUAUAGCAAGAUUGGUCUCAAGAGUACAGCCAUUGCCAGCACAUUCGGCAAAGUAUUCCGGUUGAAGAAUGCUGCCGAGCAAGGUGCCGAAGACGGCGAGGGAUUGAUCCACGGAGGUCCCGACGGCGAUGAGAGCAACAGUGGGGUGAAAUUCAACCCAGAGGAUAUGAGCCGGAGUCUACUCUACGCCAUCAGUAAUAAUAUUGGCCAAAUCGCCUACUUGCAGUCGGAGAAGCACCAAGUAAAGCACAUCUACUUCGGUGGUUCCUUCAUCCGCGGUCAUCGUCAAACAAUGAACACCCUUUCAUACGCCAUCCGUUUCUGGUCCAAGGGUGAGAAGCAAGCAUACUUCCUGCGCCACGAAGGCUACCUCGGCGCUGUCGGGGCUUUCAUCCGCCGGCAACCACAGAAUUGGGGCCGCAGAAACAGUGUCGACGACGUGGUUGCACCGCAGGCGGUCCGAAACCUCGUCACUAACAAUAAUGUUCUCAAUCAACAACAUACCAGGUCUUCGAGUGAAUUAUAA